CAAGCCGAUUGUAUAUUUUUUACGAGAGCGGACACAGCUGCUUUCAGCAUUUUUAAUGUUUGCAAAAGGGAUAAGUGUCUCUACGGUUUUCUUUUAAAACCAAAAAGUUACAUCUAAUCCCUCCAAACUAACGAGUUAACUUGCCAUGAGCGAUCAAAGGACAAUGGAUUUGCUAUGGAACUGCGCUUCCAAACUGACCGACCAAUCCCACACAGAACGGAUUCUCAAGUCGCAUUACAUAACCACCUGCCGAAAGCUGGCCCGGAACAGUGUUCAGUUGCCCGAGGAAAGCUUCGGAUCUGCACGCAUGUGCUCCCGCUGCGGAAACCAGUGGGCAGAUGGGCGCUACCAGCUCCACCUCCAGCCGCAAAAGCUGCGCCAGAGUGCCAACAAACGGAGACUCAUCGCCCAGCUGGAAAACGUGAAGGCCAAACAGAUUAGGGGCGAGAUGAGUAGCGGGGCCAGGAAACGGGCCAAGUGGCUGAAGAAGCGCAUGGCCAGUCAAAUGGCUGUGGACUGCGAGGUUUGCCGGCACAAGACAAUGCUGCCACUGGAGAAGGGUCGAAAGCGCGCCAAACCGAAAGCCAAGGAGGAAACAAUGACAGCCACACAACCUGCGGCAGCCGACCAAAACAAAAAAAAGGCCAAAAAGAAUAAGUCCCAGGCGCCGAAUAAAGAUAUCAAUGCAGGCCUGCAAAUUCCGCAGCAACAAAAAACGCCCCAGCAGCAACAGCAUCUUGCAAAAUCGCCAGCGCCGUCGAAAAAAGCUUCCCAACCAGUUGGAAUAGCUUCCCAAAACCCCAGUCAGACGUCCAAAAAGAAAAAGAAGAAGCCCGCUCAGCCGACGCCCGCCGCUGCCAAAACGCAGUCCAAGACCCAGAAGCAAAACGUGCUGCUGCAACUGGCCGCUCAGCUGAAAUCGAACGCGUUUAAAGACGCCAACAAGUCGCAGCAGAACCGCCUGCAAGCGUUCCUCAAGUAGCGGGUAAAGUCGCUGCGACGCGGCCUUUAAGUACAACGAUUGUGGUCCGGCUGAAUGAAAAUACUUGUUGUGGCACAUAAUUAAGCGUUAGCACAAUACUAGAAUCAGGCUCUUUGUGCCGGUCGAUAAAGCCAGCCCAGGUGGGAACCUGUUAUCCAGCCGCCCGGUCUUCUGGGUCGAGUCACGCAACGGCUAUGCACUUAUCACUGCUGCCCGAGACGCGACCCAAGGUUGUCCAGAUAUUGCGCAGCCAACAUGGCCUGCAUGCUUAAUUUAUUUCUCGGAUCGCAACGUUUAAUUAAAAUUGAGUUGUUUGCCAUAGCGUCUCGUGAACGCGUCCUUCGAAGCUGCUCCCAAAAAGGGCACCCGAUCGGCUCUCUGCUCUCGGCAGUCCGCUUUAUCUGCCGCCAAAUGCACAAAGAGCUCACGCACAGGCGAAGGCUCCGGUCCCACAUUGGCUUCGACUUCGCCCUCCCUCUUUCUGCGAAAAAGACUCUCGGAUUUCUCGGCAGCUGCGACAACAACAUCUGCCUGCCACAUUAGAAGAUUUCUGGUUCUACAGUCCAGUCCCUCUGGCUCGAACCACUUAGACCAUUUUCCAAAAUGCCUUCUGGUAAAUUUAAGUUAAGUAAUUAAUGUUAUUAGUUUUAAAAAGCAUUUUUAUUUUACCAUCCUUUAGACAAAUGGAAGCUGCCACUUUUAUUUGACAACCCAACACUGUCUUAUCUCAGCAUCAACUAUCAAAGACGUUCUUGUUAGGAAAGUAUUACUGUAGUUGUAGUUGGUAAGUCUGUUUGGCUUUUACCAAAAUGGACUUGAUGUUCUCUAAAAUAUGAUAUCAGAGGCGGGUUCGACUCUCCAAAUGUGGCAAAAGCGAUAGAAUUUUUGACUGCCUAGUCGAGGAUGGGAACUGCGAAUGUAGACGGGGACUGGGCGUGGGCUUCAAAAUGUAUCAAGCCGGCCGGCUGUCGAUUCCCCAAAAAAAACCAAUGCAAACUCAUUUGGUUUUACACGCAAAAAAAAUUUAAAGCUUAAUAGCAAUAAUAUCAAACAAAUCAUUUCCUAAAGGAGUAAGAAAGUCGUGUAGAUCGAACAUUAGUAAAAUAGUCAAUAAUUGUAUAUCGAAAAAAACAAAUAGAAAAUGUUCUUAUUUUACCAGCUGCAGCAAAUAUAUCAUUUGCAAAUAGCAAAUAUAUUAAAUAUCAAACAAAAUACGUAUUUACAAUCCUAACUCUUCAUAACGAUCGCACAUUCAUCAUAAUAAAUGUCUGAUAUCAAAUUUUCUAUCAAAUCUUAUUUUUUUUUCGUUGAUCCUAAUGUAUAAUCUAAGAUGCUCUCAGCUAGUUUUCAUUUUAAAAAGUCCUUUCCUUGAAUUUCUUUUGAACAAGUGAAGUUUUAUAUAAAUCGUAUUAAACACAAAACACAACAAUGCCAAAAACUGGGACAUUCUGCCCCAUCGGCCAAAACAGAGGCCAACAAAUUUUCUUAAAGUCUUAACUUCCUAUUUGUAGUAGUCGCCUUCUGCGAACUGGUCACUAUGAGGACGGCCAAACAGGACAAUAAAUUACGUAUACAGUCUUAGCCUUUAUAUAUGUAGAUCACUUUAAUUUACAAAUUUAGUAAAAAGCUUAAAUUUCCAAUUUUGUACUCCCAACAGACGCGAUGAAAAUAAAAAAAAUGCAGAGAGAGCCGGGGCCGAGGGCACUUCGGCUGCGUUCGGAUGGCCAUCGGCUGGCAAUCCAGAGCUGGGGCCGCCAGAGAGGCCUCUGCCUCUGCCCCAAGUCAGUCAGUUAAGUCAGUUAAGCUCGAGUGAUUCAUGGUGGCGCACCAGCCAGAAAGUUGCGCUCGCUUCUUGGCUCCGGCGAUGAAAAGUUCGCCCGCGAGCGAAAAGGUGUCAACGUUACCAGAACGCAGUGGAAAACCGGAUGCGAAAUCAAACUCUCAAACUGUUAAUUUGUAAGGCAAAAUUCUGAGUGUUGUGUGUGCAGUCGGUGGAUAUGCCAGAUGAUACAGCUGACUGUUCAGAUCCAGAUCGGAGAGAAGCCACAAUAAAGCCCGGGCGCGAAAUCAAACGAUCGCCAGCACCACAAGCACUCAACGCUCAUUAACGCAAAACGCUUCAAAUCGACAC